AUGGAUGCGCAAAUGGACAUGGCUAGCUACUACGAGGUUGACGCCAGUGGCAAGCCCAUGUCUAUCUCGGUAUCAUUGACCCCGUUCUCUAUUCAAGACAUUAAAAAAUGCGCCACCUGUCGUGGCCCUUUGAGAGAUGUUGCCCGAUUUGGCCGGCUGGUUCGCCGAGCUAUCCUUGAUGAGUCGACGAAAAAAUUGAUAAUUUUACUUAACUAUGAAUAUGUCCCUCUUGCACAGGAACUUCCCCAGCUUGUUCGUAAACUGCAUGAAUCCAAAGGCCAAAGAAAGUAUCCAUGGCCAGCUGUGAUUGAGAUAUCAGGCGCACGAAAUCAUCAAAUCCAGACUAUGGGAGAAAUUGUCCAGAAGACAAAUCCAGAUCGUUGGAAUUCAAUCCUUGACCUGCGGAAGCGCGUCGAUCUCUAUCGGCACCGUGUGAAACCCGAGGAGCAACCAUUUGAAAGAGUUCGAAGGAUGGUUGAAAAUGCUCGUCAACGCCAAAGAAUAAGAACUAACCCUGAUCAUGUCGAGAACGUGCUACAGACCAAAGGUUUUCUACAGGGCACCGCCCUCUUGAUCCGCCUGGACAUUGCUUUGCUCGUUGAUCUUUUGAGUCUUGUUUCCCAGGAAAGACCAAGCGAGGUAACUUCUCGAUUCGAGCUUGAUCUACAGAAGAUCAAAGAUGAUUGCCAGACCCUUGUUCACCAAGCGGUCACUCACCGGCGACUUCUGCAGCAGACGGAAGGUCAUAUUUUCCUAGCACAGCUCCAUGCCCUCGAACGAGCACACUGCUUGACACCAGAGAAGAGAGAAAAUAUCUUGAAGAACGGCCAGGCUGCUAUUCAGAAAGCUAAAGGUCUUUGCGAUGCGCACCCAGGCCAGACACGGGGACUGGCAGACGAAGUUCACAGUGUCGAGAAGAUGUUGCGCGGAGGCACAGUCUACACAAUUAUCACCAACGAGGAACGCAUGGAAGUUCUUUCGGCGAUGGCUCAAGAGUUCCGAGGAACUGGGCAUUGGUAUUACUGUCGCAACGGGCAUCCGUUUACCAUUGGGGACUGCGGACUAGCCAGGCAGACGAGUCGCUGUCCCGAGUGCGAUGCCCCGGUGGGGGGAGAGCAUUCUCGACUGGCAGAGGGGGUUAGGCUGGCGGUGGACUGGGAUAUGGAUAGGGAGAGGUUGAAUCUUUAG